UAGUCUUCCAUUUCUCUGUUAUUCUCAUCCAUUUUUUCAUAUCUGACCAACAAAAAUAUCAUCCCAUCAAAAAGAAAAAAAUGUCUCAUUUCAAGAAUUUAUUACACUUGAUAUUUGCUGCAUUUAUACUGAAUUUAUAUCCAUACAUAAUAGUUACAUCACAAUGUAACAGUGAUUGCAAUUUAGCUUUAGCAUCAUACUAUGUGUUACCAGGUUCAACACUUGAUCAUAUAUCUAGUUACUUCACCAAUACUUCUCUACGUGAAUUUAGUGAUGAAAUUGUCAGCUACAAUCGUCAUGUAAUCCCCAACAAAGAUGAUCUUCGACCGAACAUCCGAAUCAAUAUACCAUUUUCAUGUGGGUGUGUUAAUGACACAUUUCUUGGUCAUAUGUUUAUUUACCAAUUUCAAACUGGUGAUACAUAUGAUCAUGUUGCAAGAAAUAAUUAUACAAAUCUUACGACGUCGAAUUGGAUUGAGCAGUUUAAUGGUUAUAGUAGGUUUAAUGUGCCUAAUGGGGUGUUUAUUAAUGUACCUGUUAAUUGUUCAUGUGGGAUUAGAAGUGUUUCAAUGGAUUAUGGGUUGUUUAUUACUUAUCCACUUCAACAAGGUGAAAGUUUAAGGUCUAUUUCUCAGGAGUUCAAUUUGAGUGAGAGUUUAUUGCAGGGUUUUAAUCCUGGUGUGGAUUUUAGUGCUGGAACUGGCUUGGUUUAUAUUCCAGGAAGAGACCAAAAUGGAACCUACCCGCCCAUGAUUACAAGUGUUUCGGGAUCAGGUCUUUCUGGUGGAGCCAUUGCUGGUGUAUGCAUAGCGGCAGUUGUGUUGAUUGUCCUGUCAGUUGGGCUGUAUUUUAGAUGCAGGAGAAGUAAGAAGAUGAAAGAAACUGAAAUCCUCUCGGAUAAACCAGCAUACGUGUUAACACAUUCAAGUUUCAUUAGUCGCGGUGGAGAUAAAGAGAGUUCAGGAAUAUAUAUGGGAAAUUCUGUGGAGUUCUCUUACCAAGAGCUUGCAAAAGCUACAAAUAAUUUCAAUGCAAGUUGUAAGAUUGGUGCAGGUGGAUUUGGAGAAGUCUUCUUUGCAGAGCUAAGAGGCGAGAAAGCAGCAAUCAAGAAGAUGGAUAUGCAAGCCUCAAGGGAGUUUGUGGCUGAGUUAAACGUCUUAACUCGUGUUCAUCACCUGCAUCUGGUCCGCUUACUUGGAUAUUGCAUGGAGGAUUCGCUUUUCGUGGUUUAUGAGUACAUUGAUAAUGGCAACUUAAGCCAACAUCUACACAGCACAGGAAGAGAUCCAUUGCCAUGGUCUACUAGAGUGCAAAUUGCCCUUGAUUCCGCUAAAGGUCUUGAGUAUAUCCAUGAACAUACUGAUCCUGUUUACGUUCAUCGUGAUAUCAAACCAGCAAACAUAUUGAUAAACAAGAACUUCCAAGCCAAGGUUGCAGAUUUUGGACUGACAAAACUAGUGGAAGUUGGUUCGACUUUGCCAACUCGUCUUGUAGGGACAUUUGGAUACAUGUCACCAGAGUAUGCUCAAUAUGGUGAAGUGAGUCCUAAGCUAGAUGUUUAUGCAUUUGGAGUUGUUCUUUUUGAACUCAUAUCAGCAAAAGCAGCUAUUGUACGGGAAAGUAGAUUGGCUGUUGAAUCAAAGGGUCUUGUUACUCUGUUUGAGGAAGUACUAAAUCAACCUGAUCCGAAUGAGAUAGGCAAGCUUGUUGAUCCUAGGCUGGGUAACACGUACCCCCUAGAGUCGGUCCAUCAGGUAGCUGAGCUUGCAAAAGCAUGUACUCAGGAGAACCCUCAACUCCGUCCAAGCAUGAGAUCGGUUGUGGUUGCUCUAAUGACAUUAUCAUCAGCAAGCGAAAAUUGGGAUGUUGAUUCUUUUCACAGGAACAAUGAACUUAUAAAUCGAGUUUCUGGAAGAUAGAAACUUCAGUCCUUAAUAGAUUGAACUGCCUUGAAUCUUCUGGUUCAUAUACUAGGAAGCAAAACACUGAGCAAAUGUUAGGAUGAAGCAGAAGUGUUAAUACUACUAGCUUGUAAUUGCUAAUGAUCAUUCAAUAAGAGUUGAUUAGUUGAGCAGAUUACUACAUAUGUAAAUGAUGGAAUGCUAAUGAGUUUAUAUGUAAAUCUGUGUGUAAGUCUCCAGUGAAUAUCUACUAUAAUGCAUGUCUAGUAGAAAUGCAUAACUUGGACAUGUAAAUUAGACAUUUCAUGUUCUAUGAAAUGUUUAUUAGUCUGCCAUUCUUUGCACUUGUACCAAAUAUGCUAUUAGAGCAAGAUAUAGGUUUUCAUUUAUGAAUACUGUACAUAAGAUUUAGAAUGUGAGAAGAGACCUUUUGUAUCUUAUUACUUCAUACACAUUGAUGAUUGAACA